AUGAGAAUACAUCGACAUGUUGUUAAAUUCAAAAUGAAAAAAUAAACCAAAUUUCUUGAUUGGUGCAAUUGCCUUUUGGUGAAAGAAUCAAUCGGGGUAAAGCAUUAAUAGAUUUAGUAAUAAGCUACAUACAAAAAGAUGAUGAUAAAUAAGAUCCUGCCUCGAACCUUACUGGUGUAUAGUGACUAUGAAAAUCAUCUUUAAUUCUAUUUUUGUUGCUCUGGCAUUUUUGUAAUGUAAUAAAUAUAGCAGAAUUGGUUAUUCAGAUGAUGAUACAAAGUAAAUUGAUAAAGCAAAUUUAAAAUCUGACAUUUUUCUUAAGUAUUCAUAAAAUUUGUUUCAUUAAAAUUAGACCCAGUUUGCUAAUCAUGAUAUUCAGGUCAUCUCCAUCAAUUUCAACUACU